AUGGCCGAGGUUGUGGGUGACAGUGUGGGCGAGUCUGCUGGUGAGUCGCAGCAGUCUCUUGUGCCUCUGCAAUCCGCACAGGAGCUUGUAAUGGAGAAGAUGCGGCAGCACUCCUUGGCUUCUGCUCAUGCUGCUGCUACUAUGAACAAUGGCGGGGGAGGCGUGGACGUGGAGGGGUUUUUUGGCGGGCAGUCUGGGAGUGGGGGCGUAGAGUUGGCAUUAUUAGAACCGAGCGAGGACUUGGGUAGCACGAGGCGAUGUCAUGACAAGGCAAUCCCAAUUAGUUGUGGUUAUGGCGAGAGCAGCACCAGGAGUGGCUGUAGGAGUGAGCGCAAGUGUGGAAGCGACGAGGGGGGUGAUGAGGGAGGGAGAGUGGGGGACGUGGGCUCUUGUGCUCGUGCUCUGCCGUGUGGACCCAGGCAGAAUGCACUCAAGGCGCUGAAAAGCAGGCCAUGGGCGGUUAAGGGUGUGGAGUGUGGUUGGGAGGAGAAAGGCGAGGCAUACGGGACGGAGGCAGGGGGUUCUGACACCCUUCAAUGCUGUUUACAAGGAGGGAAUUCUGGGGUGGCUGGGACCUCUGGGGUUGCUGAUGCUCCUAGUUUGGGUGCGAAGUGUGGAGUGGAUGGGGCUGCUGGUUUGGACGGGUUAUUUGCUCUGAGUGCUGCUGUUGAGGUGGCGCUAUGGGACUCGGACGAUGCGAUACCUGCCAGUCAUGCCAUGCACGGGCAUGCGAAUCAAGUGACACUGGCAUGUGCACACACACAUGCACAUACUCACCCAGACGCAUGUGCACCUGCACCUGCUCAUGCGCUUGAGUGGGCGCAAGAGGAAGAGGCAGCAGAUGCAGCGGCACAGGGGCAUGGGGGGGCGCGUGCACAUGAGCCUUGUAUCGGACCCUUGGAGGUUGAAGGCAGGGGCGGAGGUGCGCUUGUGCAUGGAUUGCUUGCAUGCGGGCUCGCUGCUGGGAUGACGGAUGGGUCUCCAGACCAGCAGACUGAAUGCAACCGUGCCCAUGGCCUGGGGAAUGCAUGGGAAGCGGGGGAUGCGAGGCAAGCUGGGGUAGGGGGGGAAGAACGUGAAGGAAACGGGUGUGUGGUUAGCUCGAGCAAUAAGGAACUAGAAAAGGGGGAAUCCGGUGAGGAGGGGUGUGUAGCAGUGGCGGUCCUAGAAAGCGAGGGGUUGGGAGGCAUAAGAGGAGGGGAUGAAGGGGAGGCUGUGGGGUCGAGAAUGCGAGUGUGGGAGGGCAAGGCUAGGGACUGCCGAGUGCAGGUGCGAGUGGGGUUCUUUCCAGAGUCACGGGUUGGGCCUUGCGCGGGGAGGUCUGCAGGGGAGAGUGGGGUCGAGGCUGUAGGAGUGGCUGAGAUGAGGGUUGGAGGUGAGGAGCUGGCGUUUGGUGAAACAGCAGGAGCAGCAGCGGGAGAGGGCGAUGUUGCGGGCAAGUUUGGUAGUGAUGAUGGUGGUGCAGGUGGGAGUGAUGGCAUGUGGAGUGCACGCACCCAUGUGCUCAUGGCGUGGGGAAAGCAGAAGGGGCGAUCAAGCGGGCACGCAUCGAAAGAGGUCAACAGGGAGGCAGGAGGAGAUGGGCUGAUGAUGCAAGUGGUGGUGGAAGGGAGUAGAGAGGAAGGCGUGUGGGUGCCUUGCAGGGUCGAAGGAGGGACGGGUGCUGCUGCUGUGACGGAGCUGGGAGGAGCAAGGCCAGAGGAGGUGCACACGCUACAGAGCCUCAAAGAUUUUGUUAGAGAUGCCCCUGCGGCAGGAGAAGCAGCGGCAGCAGGAGGAGGAGGAGGAGGAGGAGGAGGAGGAGGAGGAGGAGGAGGAGGAGGAGGAGGAGGAGGAGGAGGCGGAGCAAUAGGAGAAGGAACAGCAGCAGGAGGAGCAGCAGGAGGAGAAGGGGUGAUUGAGCUCGAGCGGAAGAAACGAAGCAGUGGAGUGGUAGUGCCAGCUAUCCUGGGUGCUACCCAUGUGCAUGCUGAAGCACAGCUGGGGAUGCAGGAAGAGUGCAUACGUGCAGCAGAGGGGUCUGCUGCCCGCACCAGGCCCUUCCUCCCAUCGCAACGGAAAGCAGUAGGUCAAAGGAAAGUGGUGGCGGGGUUUGGAAUAGGAACGAGUGGGUUCAUGGAGGGCUUGGGUAGGAGGCGCAGUGGGGGAAGCUUCGGUGGGGGAGGGCGUGGGGGAAAGAUGGGGGGAGGAGAGUGUGGGGACGGUGAGAGUGGUGGUGCUGAAAUGGAAGAGGGCAGAGUAGGGAAUGGAGAGCGCUGUUGCAUGGGAAAGGGUGUCGGGGGACAGCGAGGGGUACACGAGGGUAAAGGGAAGGAGGUUGAGAAGCAGUGA